GCGAUUCGUCUGAAUACCAUCUUGCUUAAUCCAUCCCUCGUACUACAUAUCCGUAUUUACCUGACUGAUUGAGUCUCACACCAUUGGUCGCACUUCCUCUGCCCUUGUUCACUAACGUAUAGAAGAUAGCCAUGGAGCAAUCACAAUCUUCCCAGGAACCCAAAGGUUCAUACCUCGCAAAACCGAGCGGGCAAUGCUGCAUCAAAGGCACAAUUCAUGAAGGCGAAUCGCGAGGGACACUUGAAACCAUUGCGGAGAUUGAGACUUACAUCUCGACGCCACGCGACGGCAAGGGAAAUGGAAACGUACUUCUCUUCUUCCCCGAUAUAUGGGGUCUGUUUCCCAACGGCGUACUCAUGAUGGAUGCCUUUGCCGACGCUGGCUACACGGUCCUAGGGCCGGACUACUUCCGAGGUGAUGCAAUAGGGAAAUACCGUAAGAACAAACAGGAUAAAGGUAGUCCAGAUUUCGAUUACGCGGCCUGGAAGCAGAAACAUCUAGAUUUUGCUACUGUCGCGACGCCGAAGUGGGUGACUGCUGUUACCUCGCGUUUCAAAAAUCAGGAUCCAAACACAAAAUUUGCUGCCGUUGGCUAUUGUUUUGGUGCACCAUAUGUAUGCGACGAGCUAGCCAAAGACGUUGUGAGCGUUGGCGCUUUCGCCCAUCCGGCAUUCUUGAAGGAGCACCACUUCCGCAAUAUCGAAAAACCAUUGUUUCUUUCAUGUGCCGAGAUUGAUCACACGUUUGAUUUGGCCAGCAGACGACGCGCGUUAGACAUUCUCCAGGAAGGAAAGAAGACAUACCAUCACCAAUUAUUUUCUGGGGUUGAGCAUGGUUUUGCUAUGCGCGGGGACCUAGAAGACCCUUAUCAGCGCUGGGUCAAGGAACAAAGUUUCACGGGAAUCGUAAAUUGGUUCGACUUUGGGUUAUCUCAAUGAUGAAAUAUUUUCAUGACUGUGUUUCUGAAACUACAUAGAAGAUCUGGGAAAGCCAGGGUUCUGUGAAUGAAGUCGCCAACUAUACAAGUAUUUCUUAAUGCAUAGAAGCCCGUACAACAGGAUAGUCAUAAGACGCACAUUGAUUAUAUCUAAUAGAUUGCCA